CAGUAUAAUGAAGCUGUAGAGAGUCCAGGCUGAGCGGAGAUGAGUCUCUUGGGUGGGCAUGAAGCUCCUGAAGGCGAAAUGUCUAAUGAAAAAGACUGUCAGAGAGUAGACCAGUAUGGAUUUGAGUGUUCUGAAGAUGUUAACCAUGAGGAGGUGUCUGAGUAUGUAACUGUGCUCACAAGAAGAGCAGAAAAGUGGUCCAAACUCUUAAAAGAGGACAACAAGGUGGAUAAGAAUCUAAAAGUGAAGCGGUACGUGAGAAAAGGAGUGCCUAAUGAGCAUCGGCCUCUGAUCUGGAUGGCAGCCAGUGGAGCUCAGCAACAUCUGCAGAUGAACCCUGGAUACUACGCUUCUCUUCUGAAGGCUCGCCAUGACCAGAAGCUGGAGGAGACUAUACGCACCGACCUGAACAGAACCUUCCCAGAUAACAUCCACUUUCGAGACUCCUCCCAGAUGUGUUUACAGACGGCUCUGUAUAACGUGCUCCUGGCGUACGGACAGCACAACAAGGAUGUUGGUUACUGUCAGGGAAUGAACUUUAUUGCGGGAUACCUCCUUAUCAUAACCAAUGAUGAAGAGAAGUCCUUCUGGUUAAUGGAUGCUCUGGUGGGCAGAAUCUUACCUGAUUACUACACUCCUGCCAUGCUGGGCCUGAAGACGGAUCAGGAGGUGCUGGGAGAGCUGGUGAGGGUUAAGGUGCCCGCUGUUUGGCGAGUCAUGACUCAACACAAUGUGAUGUGGACGUUGGUGGUCUCCCGGUGGUUUCUUUGCCUUUACAUUGACGUCCUUCCCAUGGAGACAGUGCUGAGAAUAUGGGAUUGCCUGUUCUAUGAGGGAUCAAAGAUCCUGUUCCGUGUGGCCCUCACGCUGAUCCGCCACCAUCAGAACCUCAUUCAGAAAGCCCAGAGCCUCCCUGACAUCUGUGAGCAUUACAAACAGGUCACCCGGGGAGAAUUUGUGGAAGACUGCCACACUUUCAUGCAGAGAAUAUUUACAGAACCUGGGAGCCUCUCCAUGUCCACCAUCACUAAACUCAGGGAGUCGUGUCGACGCACUAUACAAGCUCAGGAGUCUGGACACUAACUGAGAUAAAAAAAACAACAGGUCAUUCCAUUUCCUUUCUCCAUGUUAUCAUGUUACAUAUAUUACAUUAUAGUGAAUGGGAUAGGGAUGUAACAACACAACAAAUUUGACUGUAUUGAUAAGUUGGUAUUAAUGUAUUUAGACUAGAGGGUUUGCUUCAAAUGUUGUACGUUUAUAAUGUUGAGAUCUCUACUAAAAUGAAAAUAGAAACUCAUUUAAAUGUAAGAUUAAUGAGUUACACAUUAUUUAUACUGCGGAUCAUAAGAUACUGCAAUCAUAUAAAAAAACGUAAUUAUAUGUACAAUAUAAAAUAAUGUAAAAUGAUGUAUACAAUAAUAAUUACUAUGUAUCAUUCCACUCCGAGUUAUAAGCACAGGUGUGGUGUGGUGCAGUGGAUAAUACCACUGCCUGCCAGUGAGCUACCAUGUGGGAGACUGGGGUUCAAUUCCAGGUCUGGGUGACUGAAUGCUGUGCUACACCAAUAAGAGUCCUCGGGCAAGACUCCUAACACUACAUUGGUCUCUAAAUGUAAAUCCUAGGCUAUAGCUGAGUAAUACUUUGUGUCACUCGGUUACUAAAAAAUUUGCAUGUAUUACAAAGGAAAAAUAGAAAAACCACAACCCAAAAAUUUGAUAAAAAAGUGUACCUUUUUUAAUUCUUUCUGUGAAUUAAAGAGGAAAAAACUAAUUACAAAGCUUAUAGUGUUAAAUUAAUUUCAGCUCUCACUAUGUUAAUUUAUCAUGAACAGCUUAGAUUUAAUUUUGACAAAUUUGCUGUCUUUUACAUGCAACCAAUAAUUAAAAUAAUAAAAACGCCAUCACACAAAUCAAACUCCAUUCUUCCCUUUUAUUUGUCAUUACAUUAAGAAAUGGACACAUUCUCUAUUAAAACAAUAAUGAGAACUAUUAGCAGUGGAUUGCAACACAUCAUUCUCAUUUUCUGCCCCAAAGCAGGG